GAUUGCUGCUUCGUCAUGGUCUAGGGUUUUGCGAAGACCUAUCAGCCAGAAAAUCUCCACAAGGCGAGACAGUUACCUUAGCAAUAUUGAGACUACAUGUACCACAGUUUAACUGUGCUCGCACGAAUCUGUAAUCAUGAGUAGCCUAGACUAGUAGGCUUAUAGUGAUAACAGUGCCCGCAACAUUUGCCGUAAUGGUACUACUAACAGUCAAGAUGAACUUUGGGGAUGGUGCAAGUGAUGCAGAGGGUGAGACUUUAGAAAGAUACUUUGAUGCGGCUUCGAGCGGAACCGUAGACACAGUCAGGACCCUGAUCAAAGGUAUGGUUGAUAUUAAUGCUAAGAAUGACAGAGGCUGGACGGGGUUGAUGCUUGCAGCACGAAAUGGACACAUGUCAGUUAUUUCAGCUUUACUUGAACAAGGGUGUGACAAGGAGGCUCUGAACCCCUCAGGUCAGACUGCCCUGGACAUCGCGACAUUCUGGAACCACAAGGGUGCAGCCGACAUUCUGCGCUCACAGACCAAAGAGCAGAGGCUGGAUCAGAACUGCCGUAACUACUUCUCCCUAAAUCUGCUCAACAGAGCAGCGGAGAAGCGAAAAAACAAGGCGUGGCUUGAGGACACAAUGCAGAAAACAUCCACCAGAUAUAUCUUGUUCACUGACCUAAAACCGUUAGUGAUAGAGGUUCCAAAGUCAUCAAGAAGGAGGGGACGCUACAGAUUGGCCAGGUUUACUUUUGAGGACAUUAGAUUCCAUUUGCCAUCGAAUCCGGCAGUAAUCCUUUUGGGCCAGGAAAGAAGUCCACCGACAGUAGACAUUGGAGUUUCACAGCAUCCUGAAGAUGAUUUGCCGACAUGUUUUGCUAUGGACGUAUCGGGUGUGGAGGAUUUGAUAACUGGGAAAGUGGAAGGUGUUAAUGUGUUGUCUGUUCCUAUGCCAGGAGCCAUGCAGCUUGAGCCAUCUGAAGCAGGAAUCUUCAGUGAAGCGCGGUCUCUCCUGGCGUGGCACGAUCGCUACAAAUUUUGCCCAACCUGUGGCAGCACGACACAUUUAGACGAGGCUGGCUACAAAAGAACCUGUGAUAAUGUUGACUGUCGCAGCAGGAAAGGUGUCCAUAAUACAUGUUACCCACGUGUGGAUCCCUCUAUGAUAAUGCUAGUUGUCUCCCCUGAUGGACAGAGUUGCUUGUUGGGUAGAGGGUCGCGUCAUCCUCCGAAAAUGUACUCCUGCCUUGCAGGAUAUAUGGAACCAGGUGAGAGUUUAGAGGACACAUGCAGGCGUGAGGUGGAGGAGGAGAGUGGGGUGAAGGUGGGACGGGUAGAUUACCACUCUAGUCAGCCCUGGCCCUUCCCUGCAGUCCUUAUGCUGGGCUGUAUAGCACAGGCUGUCACAUCGGAAGUCAAGGUUGAUAAGGAUGAAUUGGAGGAUGCCCGUUGGUUCAGCCGAGCUGAGGUUGUCCAGUUAUUGACCAAUCAGCAUCCACAGGGUCUGUUUGUCCCUCCCGAGCAGGCCAUAGCUCAUCAACUGAUCGGGUCCUGGAUUCACAUGACUGCUAACCUCUGAUACUUUUGCCAGUGCGAUUAUUUUUUAUCAUACUAAUGAAAAUGGAUAUGUAAUU